CUGUGCAGUUCGAGCUCUCGUAUCUCUGUGGAGUUGCUUUUCGUGAAAUCUUGCUCUGUUGCUACAUUGUGGCUCCGGGUUUUUUUGAGUCCUUGUUUUGUAAGAUUAGGUCUUGUAAGUGUUAGGGUUUGGUAGGAGAAAUGGCGCCGAGCAUCAUGAAGAAGAAAGACCUGAAGGAGAAAAAGGUGCGUGUGAAGAAGCCCUUGAGUGUGAAGGCCAAGGUAUCGAAGAAGCUGAAAGCUACUUCGAAAGAGGAGGUAGAGAGGUCCUUGAAGAUUGCCAGUAUGCUUUUGGAGAAGGAGGAGGUUCUGCACUCUGAAGAUGAGAGGCUUUCAGACGAUGAUUACAUCAAGAGCUUGAAGGUUGACCCCAUAGCAGUGGAUAAAGAGGAUGAUGGAUUUGAAGUAGACAAGGGUGAUGAGGGAGUUGUUAAGGUGAAGGAUGUGAAAGUGACGAAGAGUGGAGAGGUGAAAGUAGAGGUGCCUGACUCUCGGGAGAAGAGACCUAAAGUUGCAAACAGCUUGAGGUCUCUGCGAUUAGCGAUUGCGGCGAAAAUGAAGAAGAAACAAGAUGAUCAGAAGGCGAAGAUGCUUGCGAAAGGGGGAUUUGACUCUGAUGAUGAGUGAUGAGUGAUCAAUUCACGCCAGGUUCAGUUUGGAAAAGGACCGCCUCGGUGGUUAUCCGUGAAGGAACCCUUGAUGUAGUGGUUGGGAGUGGCACCGCCAAGCUUUGCCAAUCCGCGUGUGAUUAACUCCUUCAUUGGAACGAGGGUCACGCAGGUAUUUACGCCCAGUUUGCGAUGUAUCAGGGAUGCCCUGGUAACUCGUAUCAUUUGUUCUCAUCGAAAUCUUUACCCGAUUAUGCCUUAGCCAGAUAGUGAGGCAAUCGUGUAGAAUAUUGAUAUCUACGCCUAUGUCCACAAAUCGGACUUUUCACUCUCAUCUGUUGCAUUAAUUAGAUAGUCAUUAAGUCGUCGCUUCGAUAUUCUUUAGUGCUCAUGCGGAUUCAAAUGAUGAAGACAAAACUCCAGAACGACUCUUUUGGUUCACAAAAGAGCUUGUAAAAUGAUGGGUUUUAUGUCAUAGUUACACUGAUGGAUCCCUACUCAUCUUAAAUCCGGACAGCGAUGAAAUUUGUUUCGGCCCUCUCGCCUGAGUGCGAUGUACAGAGUGUCUACAGUCUAAUAUCCGGUGUCCCUGCUAGAUGAUUUGUAUCAGGAGUGUUAGUUAUGGUAUUCGUGUUACUGUGUCGAGAAGGAAGUAUGUCUGGUUGAGUGAAUCAUCCGAGGAGGUCCACAUGAUGAAGACAUAGCACAGAACCUCACUCUUGGUUCACAAGAGUGUUGGCAAAAUGAUGGGUUUUAUGUCAUAGUUACACUGAUGGAACCUUAGUCCGGCGAAUAUUUAAUCAUGCAGUUUCUUCAGAUUUAUAGAUAAAAUCAUCUUUAAUCUAAGAUAAUUUCUUUUGCGGCUUUUUGGGAACCAGAUUAUUCAGAGUUCAAAAUAUGAUAUCACCUGCAGUAAAUGUGAACAAAAUAAAAUAAAAGAGCCCCAUGAAGCUCGCUAAACAUUUAUAAAAAAAUCACUGCGCUAGUCUUAAAAAAAGUUCAAACGAUAUGUGCAAGUAUUGUAUAUUUUCA